CUCUUCUCAUGAGAGACUGUCUCUGAUACGUACUAUGACUUCUCAAGCCGCACCCCGUCUGGCUGGUGCGUUCCAAAACGCGAAGCAAGAAUUUUUGGCUUCUCUCAAAGACCCAUCCCUUUUCAACAGUAUAUCCAACGUCAAGUCAAUCGAUGAAAUUUACGCUUUCACUGCUCAGCUCCAGAAUGACCAGAGUAAACGCCAAGGUUUGCGGCAUCUUCGCAAGAUCGAGCCAUACUUAGAACGACUGAAGCAAUAUGCCGGCGUCAUCGAAGUAUUCAUUCAAGCCAAGCCCGAUAUUCUGGCACUCAUAUGGGGGCCCAUCAAGCUCCUUCUACAGAUGGCGGAUAACUUGACGCAGUCUUUUGAUGCUAUCGUGGAAGCGAUGACUGGUAUCGGUAACAAGCUGCCUCUUUUCGAGGCCUAUACCAAUAUUUUCGAGGCGAGCGAUCGGGUUCUUGAUAUACUGUCGUUAUUUUACAAAGACAUUUUGGACUUUUACGAGAUCAUGUUGAAUUUCUUUUCAGCAAAACGUUGGACCAUCGUUUUCGAUUCGGUAUGGCCAAGGUACAAAGCAAAGAUCAACCUUGUCGUCAGCAGCAUCGAACGACAUUCACUAUUAAUGACGGAGGAGGUCACUUUGGCAAACAUCACCGAAGCGCAUGCGGCUCGAGUUGCCGAUAUGAAUAAUUGGCAACGGACCUUCGAAUUUCAGGAGAUGCAAGACUUCAACGGUGUGUAUACCUACAUUUCACCAAUUCUGUACGAUGAUGAGCUUGAUAAGCUUCAAAGAAGAAUAUGCGAGAGAACCGGCCGGUGGCUUCAACGAGAAGAAGCCCUGAAAGAGUGGAUGGAUGCGAGUAAUGCCGCCACAAGAGUUCUCUGGAUGCAAGGUAUCCCUGGUGCGGGGAAAACUCACAUCGCCUCUAUGAUGGUGGAAAAGCUAAGACAAUCCUCCAAGACUGUGCUCUUUGCAUUUUUGAACUACAAACAGAAUGAGGCGACACCGGUCUCGAUCAUACAUUCCCUCAUGUUCCAACUUGCCAUUGGAGAUGACCAGAUUGAUGACUCGCUCAAAAGAGAUCUACGUGCUAAAAUCUCCCACAAAUUUCGCUCGAGUCAGCGGAAUUUGAAGAGUAACACUCAAUUUGCCCGCGAAACCUUAACGGAGUUACUCAAAUGUGUCGGGCCGGUCUUCAUUGUUCUCGACGGGCUAGAUGAAGUCUCCAAAAGUGAAUACAUGGUGGAUAUUCUGAAUGAGCUUUUGAAGGUACUAGAGGACUCCACUGAAGUGAAACUCUUCAUCAGCAGCAGAGCACAAGAAGAAAUUGGCGGGACUCUUAAGAAAGCAUCUGUCAAAGAGAUUCGCGUCGACGAGAAGAACAGCGGAUGUAUCCACGCAUACGUUACGGUCACAAGUGAUAAAUGGCUUAGCCAGUCACAAUUUGACCAAAAGGCUUGUGACGAGAUUAGAACCUUACUGAGUCCCCUUUCAACUAAAGCCAGAGGCAUGUUUCUCUACGCGAGAGUCGUCAUGGACAAUGUGGUUCAGAUGUGUUACACUUUCGACAUGGUCAAAGAUGAGCUCACGGUUCUCCCGGAGAAUCUAGACGAAGCAUAUUCUAGGGUUCUUGACCGCCUGAACAAUUUAUCACCGUCAUCGGGCGCAAUCUGUCGACGCGCCUUAGGAUGGAUAGGGUGCACACCAGUCUCACUCACUGUGGAAGAGCUUAGCUUUGCCCUAAGCCUCGAUCCCGAUGGCAAGAGAGGCCUGCCCCGAUCAGAGGGCGUUCUAAACGUUGUUGGGCUCUGCGGGCCUAUUGUUGAAGUUUGA